AUGGCUUGGCGGCGUGAGGGCUGGCAGGAGAAGAUCAAGGACCCCGACGAGGAACGCAAGAUACUGACCGCGCGCCUGAUACAAGCUACCCGCGAGCGGAAUGAAAUAAUACCCAUCGCCUCCAUCGGCGUUCCAGAGAUCCUCUCGCAGAUUUUCGCCCACCUUCUUCACGCCGAAUGGCCCGGGCGCAAGUUCCCUCCAUCUGUACUACGCGCGUCGCAAGUCUGUCAGCUAUGGCGGCGGGUUGCAUUGAGCAAUGCGUCUCUGUGGUCGUACUGGGACAUUGACGGGUGCAUUCACAAAUCGAAAUGGCGGUCCGAGCUUGCUGGUCGUGUUGGAUCGCGCGGUCUAACAGUGCGCGCCAAUUUUUGCUACCUUAACUGCCUGCACCCGUUGCUCGACCCCAUGAUAUGCGGCCCAAAUUCGCUCCUCACGGAUGUUCCCUUGCCAAGGCUCCAAACAAUUUCUUUCGUUAGCAAGGGGCGAAAAGGCUGCGUCGUUCUCGAAAGCCUCCUACCCAACCUCUUCCCCGAAACAAUCACGCAGCUACAGCGCUUUUCUUUUGAACGGGUGAUGUUUGAUAAAAUUAGUCCCAAAGCCAUCUUCUCUAGCCUCCGCUCACUCGCCAUCCGCGUCCAGUGCGACAGACAAAGCGCACACAAGCAUUUCAUGCAGAUCAAAGAAGCUCUUAGUAGGAUGCCUGCUCUCGAAGAGCUGAAGCUCCUCCUUCUAUUUCCUUCCACCGGGGUCGCACGCGAGAACGUCAACAGUUCCGCAGCCCCCGAUGCUCCCCGCGUUGAGCUGCCCAAGUUACUCCUCCUCCGACUUGCCGGGCAUUGGGACGACACUGUGCGCGAGUUCCUUUCUUGGCUCGUCCUCCCGCCCACCUGUUCUACCAUUAUCCACAGCCUGGACGUCCUUUCCCAAGAUUCCCUGGACCCCCUAUGGACAUACCUCGCACAAAACGUCCGUAAUGCACUCGAUAAUGACGAGAACGAGACUACAUGGGGACUCAUAUUAACUCCAACAAUCUGUGCGGUGCGGUAUGGUGUGGUGGCAUAUCCCGACGGAAGUAUCUCUCCCAUCUCUACCUCCAGCAGGAGAGCCUUCUUCCUAGCUCUGCAGACGUCAGGCACAGGUACAGGAAAUUCUAGUACAAGGAAGGAAGAGUUCUCACCGAAGCAACUGCGAGAUUUCGUCUUUACGCUCCAUGCAACUGCCGCCCCUCCCUACCUCUCACUAGCGCUCGAUGUCGACCUCAACCAAGAACUAGUCAACGGCAUACUCAGCGGGGCAGCAGCUAUCAAGAAGCUGCGCCUCGAGGGUCCCGUCAAUAUUCACUCAUUCGUACCCUACAUACUUCGACCGACUUCAUCUAGUUCUCCCACAUUCUUACCGCACAUUGAAUUACACGGCGUGGACUGCACGGUCGAGGAAAACCUGAAAGCGCUUUCUGAAUUCUUCAGCCAUCGUGAGACAAUUGGGGUACCUGUCAAGACCCUGAGGUUGCUUCAUUGCUGGCGCUGGCGGUAUGCAUUGUUCGAGGAUCCAAGUCCUGCACUCGUCGAUACCUUGAAGGGUGGAUCAACGAAGGGAUUGGACAAAUUCCCCAAAGUGUAG